UAGUUCAUCGGCUAUGAUGAGAUGAGGCACGGUGUGAUCUGUAUCACAAGUAGCUGCAAAUCCGAUCAUAGGGCAUGAACGGGCUGUCUUUUGCGGAGAAGAGCUGCCCCACCUCAUCCCGCCGAUAUGGCCAGGGGUAACCUGCAAGGGUCCGGAUCUGACAUCAUGGCGAAAUUUUACCCUCCGCAAAAACCGCUCGGUAGCUGUGAUCCGAGAGCCCGAGGCGACGGAGAACCUGGAAGCGAUCCAAGCGGGCUCGACCGAAAACCGCACUUUUAUUCACCAAGUCACACCCAUCUGUAACCUGUGAUGACACGUCUACGUUGCGCCAAACCGCCCGCAACGGCCGGCCUCUUCCUCCAACUCUGCAUGCGUCGCCAGGCUGUGUCGUCCGGACUUUUGAUUCUCGACGUCCUCCUGCCCCGGUCAUUUCGAGCCGUCGGCGCACCCGCUAUCUGCACAUACCAUGCGUCGUCUACCGCCUGGCGCCCAAGCCCCCGGUAUAUUCUUCCCCCAUCCAGUCGCGGACCAUGGAGAGGCCCGAGAGCGCGCCUCGCGCUGCCGGAGGCCCGGACGGUGUCAGGGGGUCCCGCCCCACGGCUGUUCAGCACCUCAUUCCCAUUAGGGGCGACACACGCCAUAUUCAAUUCACAAGUAGACGAUGACGGGAAGGAAAUGACGCUGGAGAUCACGCCUCGUGCAGCUAAGCGCCUCUCCGAGAUAAUCUCCAAAGAUUCGAACCCGAACUUGGCCCUCCGAAUCCAAGUCGAGAGCGGGGGCUGUCACGGCUUCCAGUACGUCAUGAAGCUCGUGACAUUACCCCCUUCGCUUCCCACGGCAGACUCGCUUGCCUCUGCAGCAGCAGCAGAAGACGCGUCGGCUGCCGUCCGCCAGGACGACACCAUAUUCACAUACUCAGCCGAUGACUCGUCGCCAGGGGAUCUGACAGCCCCAAAAAUCAUACUUGACCGCCCUUCCCUUGAAUUAUUGAAGGGGAGCAAGGUCGACUUCACCAUGGAGCUCAUUGGGUCGCAGUUCAAGAUCGUGGACAAUCCUUUGGCGACGAGUAGUUGUGGAUGUGGCACAAGUUUCGACAUCAAGAUAUGAACUAUUUUCGCUAUGACUCGACCGAAUCGGCUGUGAUGACACGGAAGCACGCGGGGGCGAUUUGUAUAGUUAAGAAUACGUCCCAGUGAUUGCGCCGUGUAGGCGCACUGGCACAGUGGGAGCAAAGUAGCGGGCAAUUUUGU